AUGAGGAGGAUUUUAUCAAUUCUAUUAUUUUGCCUUCUUGGUCAUCAAAUCGAGGCUUCUCAACAACAACAAAAAUCAGUUCUCACUUCGCUGAAUGCCAAUUGGAAUGCCACCUCAUUUUUAGCUGAAGCAAGUGAAUUUAUAUCGAAUGAAAAUGAAAAACUAUUCUGGAAAUUUGUGGAAUUGAUCAAUGCGGAUAGUGCAACUUUAGGAUGGAAUGAUUGUGAGUUUUCGUGAGGAUGACAAAAAAACAACAAAAAUAAAUUUUUCAGUGACCGAUGAGAAGAAAUAUGACUACACAAUCAGAACAGCAUCCAAGGUUUUGUCGUCAUCUUCAGUCGAUCUUCUCAAAUUCUCAUUAGCUCUUCGACAAUAUUCACCAAAAGUUCAAUCUUUUCAACAAAUUGCAUCUGAAUAUCAACCAGGAAGUUGUGAUGUUUUCAUUGUUGUUAAAGGCGAAGCCAGUUGUGAUGUUUCAAAAUUGCCAAAAGGAACUGGAAAUGUUGAGAUUCUUUUGGAAAAUGAUCAUUUUGUUGGAGACAAGAAUAGCGAAAAUAUUAUUGUUGCUUAUGGUGAUCUUGGGACAAAAUCGUUUGCUAAAGCUUUCGAACAGCUUUCGAAGGACUCGGAUAUCAAACUUGUUUUCAGACAUUUUUCAAAGGUAAGGAAGCUUGAGCCUUUUUUGGGCCCUAUAGGGUACUCUUACCUAAACCAAACAUUUUUCAGAACGUCAAAGAGAGCCACGUGUCACUUUCCGGAUAUGGUGUUGAACUUGCUAUCAAAAACACCGAAUACAAAGCUGUCGAUGAAUCAAACACUAAAAAAUCAGAAGCUGAAGAAGAUGAAACCAACCUUCACGGACUCAACAUCAAACUUCUCAAACAACUCAAUCCAGAAGUCUCGGAACAAAUCGAAUCAUUGCGAGCACAUUUGAAAGACACUGAUGAGCUUGCGCCACUCAAAAAAUGGCAAUUGCAAGAUUUGAGUUAUCAAGCUGGUCAAAAAGUUUUGAAUGCGGAUAAUUCGAAUGCAUUGAAUGUUUUGGAAGAUUUUUCGCAAAAUUUCCCAACUCACGCGAGAGCUUUGGCUAGAACUACGGUAACUGAGCAAUUCAAAAAAGAGGUCUUGUUGAAUCGCAAAAUGUUGGAAGAAGUUGGAAUUGAUGCCGGAGAGACGAAAUUGUUUAUUAAUGGUAUUAAUCAAGAUGUUAAUAGCUUAGAUCUUUUCAAAUUGUCUGAUCUUUUGAAACAAGAAAAUUCAAUUGCUAAUGGUUUUCAUGACAUUGGAAUUAAUGUGAGUUGCAAUUAGAAAAACAAAAAAACCCAUGAUCCUAAUUUUCAGCGAGAAUAUUUGUCAAUUCUUGUUGGCAUGGACACAUCAGAUGAUGAAAAAGCAUCAUACGCUAUUGAUUAUCGCGAGGCUUACCCAUUCUACCUCAAUAAUUUGGACACUGAUAAACGCUAUAAACAAUGGGGAAAUAGUGUGAAAUUAAUGCUCCAACCUUAUUAUCCUGGAAUGAUUCGACCAAUCGCAAGAAAUUUGUUUAAUCUGGUGUUUAUCAUUGAUCCAAGCACAUUGGAAGGUCGCAAAUUUUUGAGAAUUGGAAAAGUUUUUUAUGACAAUGAUAUUGCUAUUCGAAUUGGUUAUAUUUUUGCUGUCAAUGAUGGCGAAGGUGUGAAUGGCUCGAACGAUUUAGGACACGCUCUUGUUAAUUUGUUCAAUUUUGUCUCGACAGAUUCGGAUAAUGCUGGAGCUAUUCAAGUAUUAAAUACUGUAAGUUUAGAGAAGGCGAUCUUGAAUUUUAAUUAAAAUCCAUUUUUUUUCCAGUUCCUUGACAAUUACAAAUCGACUGACCCAACGCUCGAAGAUCUCAAAAAAUGGUUCUCUCGCAAAUUCUCCGACACCAACUUUGAAGAUGUUUUCGGCGCCAACACCGAUUACGACAAGGGAAUCAAAGCCGGUGCCGCUUUCAUGAAACAAUCAGGAUUGAAAAACGCGCCAAAAGUUUUGCUCAACGGUUUUGUAUUGGAUGAAGAUGGUGUUCGUGGUGAUAAUAUUGAAGAGACAAUUAUGAUGGAAGUGAUGAAAAUUUCGCCAAAAAUUCAAAAGGCGGUGAUGGAAGGCAAAUUGACUGAUCGAAUGAAUGUUGGAAAUUGGGCACUUGAGCAAAAAGAUGUUAUGAAACGAUUGAAUAAACGAAUCCUUGCUGCUCCAGGGCUCAAGAAUUUUGUUGAUUUGUCUGGAACUGAAGAAUGCAACGCUUUCGACAACAUUAAGGAUAUUCAAGAUCUUUCGGAUGCUGGAAAAGCUAGAUGUCUUAGCCAGAAUCUCAAUUAUCUUCAGAAAUCUACACAAGACGCAAUUAUGGUAUAUCUUGAAAACAUAAAGUUAAAUUAAUUUAAUAAAAAAAAAGUUUUUUUCAGCCAGUGACUCUUUGGGUUGUUGCCGAUGCUGAUACUCCAGAUGGUCGAGAAUUCAUCUACAACUCUCUUCAGCUUCUCAAGAACUCCCAAAAAACUAGAAUUGGUAUCAUCCUCAAUCCGGCCAAUCUUGAAGUCUCCACCAAGGAAAACAGCAUUUCUUCAUUCAUCAAAGCUGCGUUGGAAAAUCUAUCGCCAGAUUUUGCGAAAAGAUUGAUUUUGAAAUUGACAAAUGAGGAAAUUGCUGCAAAUUUCAUUUCUGGAAAAUCAACAUUUGAAGAUAUUAGUGUGGGUGGAAUGGAUGUUGAGAAGUUCCAAAAGGCUAAGAAAUCGGCUGACUUCAAAAAGCGGAUUGAACUUGAUGCUCAUGUUGCGACCAAAGUUUUUGGCUUAACAGCUGGUCAAAAAGUUGCAAUUGGAAAUGGGCUUAUUGUUGGACCUUUGGAUUCAGAUGAACAAUUUGCUUCAGCUGAUUUCGCGUUGUUUGAAAAUGUUUUGAUUGCAAGAGGAGCUGAGGUAAAUUUUUUCUUUUGAAAAUGAGAUUCUAAAUUUUUUAUAGGUCAUCUCAUCGCACUUGACAAAAUGGGACUAUGAGAAGAAAAAUGGUGUUGGAUCCAACAUUGCAUUAUCAAUCUCUGGAUUAGUUGGCAAACUCGCGUCGGCUCAAAAAAGACUUUGGAUCGCUAUCCGAGGAGAUAAACAUAGUGUUGUCACAUUGGCUGCUGAUGAUUCUGACAAGCCGGCGAUCGAUAUUUUGGCUGUUGUCGAUCCACUUAGCGCGGAAGCUCAGAAAUUGGCUAGUAUUUUGAAAUUGAUUAAGAAAGUGACAAAUAGUGAGAUUCGAAUUGUGAUGAAUCCAAAGGAUAAGCAUUCGGAACUUCCACUUAAGAGAUUCUAUCGAUAUGCGUCUUCGUCAGAGUUGAGCUUUGAUCAGAAUGGAAAUUUGAAUGCGAAUAUUGUGAAGUGAGUUUUAAGAAUUUUCGAAAAAAUCAUUUUGAAUUUUUUUUUAUUUUUGUAACUGAACACAUCUCAAAAAAAUCAUCUGUAAAUGGGAAAAUUCCAGACAAAAAUAAGUUAAAAUUUGAGUUUUUGAACCCGGAAAUUGUCUGAUUUUCAAGAUUCAGAAUCAAUUUUAUGAAGCCACAAUCUAUUUUUUUCUAGAUUCGACAAUCUUCCAAGCAAACAGCUUCUCACUCUCUCCCUCCAAGCUCCAGAUUCCUGGAUCGUUGAAGCCAUUUUCACUGAAGCCGAUUUAGACAACAUCAAACUUGAACAAGUCACUGGAAAUGUCGUCGCCGUCUUUGCUCUCCAACAUAUUUUACUCGAAGGACAAUGUUUCGAUGAAAUUAGCUCGCAACCACCAAGAGGACUUCAAUUUGUUCUUGGCACUGAAAAACAUCCAAAACAAUUUGACACCAUCGUUAUGGCAAAUCUCGGAUACUUCCAAUUGAAAGCUAAUCCAGGAGCUUGGAAUCUCAAUCUUCGCGAAGGGAAAUCUAGUGAGAUUUACAAAGUGAGCAGUCAAAAAGGUGCUGAGAUUAUUGGCCCCGACACUUUGCGCGUUGUUAUUGAUUCGUUCAAUGGAAAAUCGGUUCGAGUUCGUGUUGAGAAGAAAGACGGGAUGGAAGAUCGAAAUCUUCUUUCUGAUGAAGAAGAUGGCGUUUGGAGCAGUCUCAGUAGCUUUGUUGGAAGUAAAGAUAAUCAUGAGACAAUUAAUGUUUUCUCAUUGGCUUCUGGACAUUUAUACGAGAGAUUUAUGAGAAUUAUGAUCGUAUCUGUUAUGAAACACGCGAAACAACCAGUCAAAUUCUGGCUUUUGAAAAAUUAUCUAUCACCACAAUUCAAAAAAACCUUACCAACAAUGGCUGAAUAUUAUGGAUUUGAUUAUCAAUUAGUUGAAUAUAAAUGGCCAAGAUGGUUGCAUCAACAGAAAGAGAAGCAGCGAAUCAUGUGGGGCUACAAGAUUUUGUUCUUGGAUGUUUUGUUCCCACUUGAUGUGCAAAAGAUUAUUUUUGUUGAUGCUGAUCAAGUUGUGCGGGCUGAUUUGAUGGAAUUGAUGAAGUUUGAUUUGGGAAAUGCGCCGUAUGGGUGAGUCCAAGAUGAUUUUCCCUGCUUUUUCCCCUGUUUCAGAAAAAAAAAUCAUAGAUUUUUUUCAGAUAUGUACCAUUCUGUGAUAGUCGCAAAGAAAUGGACGGAUUCCGAUUCUGGAAACAAGGCUACUGGGCAAACCAUCUUGCCGGAAGACGCUAUCAUAUUAGCGCUCUCUACGUCAUUGAUCUUCAAAAGUUCCGUCAAAUCGCCGCCGGUGAUCGAUUGAGAGGGCAAUAUCAAGGAUUGUCGGGUGAUCCGAAUAGUUUGGCGAACUUGGAUCAGGAUUUGCCGAAUAAUAUGAUUCAUCAAGUCAAGAUCAAGUCACUUCCACAAGAAUGGCUGUGGUGUGAGACGUGGUGUGAUGAUGGAAGUAAGAAGAAUGCAAAGACUAUUGAUUUGGUGAGUUGGUUUGAAAAUUUUUCCACUGGCUUCCCAGGAAAAAAUUCUUUUCUAAUUGUAUUAUACAUAAAUUUUUUCAGUGCAAUAAUCCACUCACCAAAGAGCCCAAACUCGACUCGGCGCAUCGUAUUAUUGGCGAAUGGAAAGAAUAUGACGACGAGAUUCGACAAGUCAUCUCAGGGGAACUCACUAAAAAAUCAAAAACGGAUGAUGAUCAUGUGGAACUGUAA